AUGCAUGUGAUAAAUUCAUCUAUCAAAAAAAUUUUAAAAAACAAAAGAUGUGAUAAUGAAAGACGAUUAAUUGUGGUUCUAAAAGAUAUAAAUUGUGAAAAGAAAAAGGUUAAAAGAAAGACAGAUAAACCUGAGGGUCAAUCUGUAGAUAUAUGUGAGAUCCAAUGUAUAGAUAUCUCAGGAUUAAUUUUUAAAAAAUUAAAUAUCAAAUUUUAUAUAGGCAUGGAAUCUGAUAGCACUAAUCCAUAUAAAGAUUGUUUGGUUAAUGAAGAAAGAAGGCUUAUUGAUGAGAGGACUAAUGUAGGGACAGUAGAAAAGAAAAAAAUGGAAGUUAAACCUGUCGGUCAAUCUGAUAAUAUAUGUGUGAUCCACUGUAUAGAUAUCUUAGGAUGCAUGGAAUCUGAUAGCAGUAAUCCAUAUAUAGAUUGUUUGGUUAAUGAAGAAAGAAGGCUUAUUGAUGAGAGGACUAAUGUAGGGACAGUAGAAAAGAAAAAAAUAGCUUUACACAUGGCUCAACUAAAAGUGACAACCAUACAAAAGAGUUUGAUCUGGGUACUAAAACAACUGGACCUAUGCAACCAAUAUUAGGUGCAUAUUUUUAUACUGGAUUGGGGAAAGAUAAAAGAUGUUUUCAACCUCAGUGGUACAAAUCCUUUCCUUGGAUAGAAUAAAUCAUUACCAGAAACGCUAUUUUUUGUUUUCCUUGUCGUAAUUUUCCCACACAACCUCACAAAGGUUAUCUCUUUGAUAUAGGUUAUCAAAAAUUUCGUAAGGUAAAAGAAUUCUUAACAGCUCACGGAGCAACAAAUGGUCAUGCAACGAUUAUGAUUCUCUGGAACCAUUUUAAACUUUAAUAGAAGGGACCAUUAAAGAAAAAUUUGUAACUCUAACUAAAUCAGCAAUAAUAAAAAUAAGAGAAUAUAUUUGAAACGAUUAUUCAAAAUUAUAAUACUAUGUGGUAAGUUAGAACUUCCCCUUAGAGGACAUCAUGAAAGUAAGACAAGCAAUAAUCAAGGGAAUUAUUGUGAAAUAUUAAACUGUUUGAAAGAGUAUGAUUCAUUUUUAAUGGCAUAUAAGCCACCAAGCAAUGCUCAUUAUUGCUCACCUCCAUCACAAAAUCAAAUGCUAUCUGCAGCGGAAAACAUAAUCUUAUACAUAGCUUCAGAAAUAAGGGAGGCAGGUUAUUUUGCUGUCAUGGCUGAUGACACUCGUGAUGUGAAGCUCAUAUGAACAAUUUAGUAUAUGUGUUAGAUAUGUUGAUAAAACAAAAACACCAAAUGAAUCUUUUAUAUCUUUUGAAAAAGUUGUAGACUUAGAUGCAGAAUCAUUAACAAAGACAUUGAUAUCAACCUUAAAUAACAAUUCUAUAAAUGCGAUUUGCGUUGCUCAA